AUGGUGCUUAUACCCAAUAGUAAACAACAUGUGAUACAAUUUUAUAUUAAUGGUAUUCAUGACGUUUUCUACCACGAAGAUGAUUUCAGUAGCAGCGAAUAUGAUUUCAGUAGCAGCGAAUAUGAUUUCAGUAGCAGCGACAAUGAUUUCAAUAUAAGCGACGAAGAAGACACAAUGAAGACUAAUGAAAAUAAUAUUGCUCCCCAUUUCAAAGAUAUGGCUCUAGCAAUUAAGAAACGAGAUGUUAAUGGACUUCAAAUUGCCUUAGAUAAUUUUACUGGAGAUAUAGAUGAAUAUUCAAUAGAUGGAGAAACUGCUCUUCACUAUGCAUGUAAAUGUUAUAGUCGAAAAUCUUUUGAGUUACUAGUUGGAAGGGGUGCUAAUAUGGAGGCUAAAAAUAAAGUUGGAGACAUUCCUCUCCAUACUGCUUGUGAUAUUGGUUUGUUUAAUAUUGUUAAAUUUAUAUUCAAUAAUAUUAGUGAUGGAGAUAUUAGAAAGAGAAUGUUAAACUCAAUUGAUAGCGAUGGUUCAACGCCUAUGCAUAAAGCAGCUAGUGAAAAUAUCAAAAUUGUUGAACUAUUGUUAGAUAUUAUUAUUGAGACCGAUAAUUCAACUGGUAUAAGUAAAAUGAUACAAGCAGUUAAUACAUACGGUGAUACGCCUUUACAUGAAGCAGCAUUAUAUGGAAAAGUUAAAAUUGUAAAAUUAUUACUAGAAUUGGGUGCUUCUACUCAAACACGUAAUAAUGAUGGAAUGACGAGAGUUCAUGCACAUCUUGUUGCUAUAGAUGAUGACAUGUGGUUUGUCAUCACCGAAGGCCCAAUAAAGAUUGAAAAAGAUAGAUCUGAGUGGACUAGUGAAGAUAAGAGAAAGAACAAUCUCGACAAUUUGGCCAAAGACAUCCUCUAUAAAACCUUGGAUGACAACAUGUUCAAGUAUAUCAUCUCAUGCAACUCUACCAAAGAAAUCUGGGAGAGGCUGACCCAACUCUGUGAGGGUAAUGAGCAAACCAAAGAGAAUAAACUCAUGGUUUCUAUACAACAGUUUGAUAACAUUAAGUUGCGUACUUGA